AUGAAAGUUUUCCAUACAGUUAAAGAAUUUGUUGAAUGGAGAAAGAACGAAUUUAGUGAUCGUUCUAAAAUCUCUAUUGGUUUUGUUCCAACUAUGGGUUGUUUACAUGCUGGGCAUGCCUCAUUAAUCAAACAAUCAAAAGAAGAUAAUGAUAAAACUUUUGUAAGUGUUUUUGUUAACCCAGCUCAGUUUGCUCCAAGCGAAGAUUUAGAUCAAUAUCCACGUACAUUGCCAGAAGAUAUUAAACUACUUGAAUCUCUUGGAGUCGAUGCAUUAUUUGCACCAUCACCUUCCGAGAUAUACCCUCAAGGGAUUCCAUUGGACACCACUCAGCAACGUGGCCCAUUUGUAUCUGUUCAUGGUAUCAGUGAAAUGCUAGAAGGUAAGACAAGACCAAACUUUUUUCGUGGUGUUGCUACAGUAGUAUUAAAAUUGUUCAAUAUCACUGCUCCAGAUAUUGCUUAUUUUGGUCAAAAAGAUAUUCAACAAUUUAUCGUUUUAGAAACCAUGGUGAAAGAAUUAUUUUGUAAUUUGAAACUAAAAAUGAUGCCAAUCGUUAGAGGUGAGAGUGGUUUGGCCUUGAGUAGUAGAAAUAAAUACUUAUCCGAGAAAUCUAAAGCUGAUGCUUCAAACAUUUAUGCUGGAUUACAUUCAGCUGAAAAAUUAAUCUUGAAGUCAGCAGUUAGUAUUAAGAGACAAGUCUUAUUAGAUUCGAUUAUGGAAUAUUGGAAACAAUUUAUCGAUUCCAAGGAAUUAAAGGUUGAUUACAUCUCUAUUGCUGAUUACAAUACAUUACAAGAAUUAGAUAGUAUCGAACCAUCCACACACAGACAGAGUCAUGACAAAGUGGUAAUUAGUUGUGCUGUAUAUGUUACUGAUGUUGAUAAACCAGACACCACUGUUCGUUUGAUCGACAAUAUUAUCGUAUAG